AUGCGUGAUCGACUUUGCUACGGACAGGUUGACGCUUACGCUUUGGCUUGCGCUGAAGACACUCCACCAAUGCAUCUUGUACCGUUCUGUCUUGCUUUCAAGAUGAUAACUGGUGCUCGCGGGAGUUCGAUCGUUACGAAGAUUUCUGUACCACGAUUCGAAGACAAAAGUGCAAAUCGUGUUCUUACGAUCUCAGCUGCUAUUGUGAACCAUAUGAGUGCUUAUGGAGAAAGUAAGUUCAACAUUAUUCAUGUUGGUCGAUUAUGCCUGUAA